AUGCGUACAGACACGUGUGAAAACAACGAGUCUGACAAUUCAGAGAAAGCCUAUGAUGAUCUGUGGAUACUCAAGUUUAUGAACAAAAGGCAAAACAGAUACUUGGAGCGUAUUCAGGAUUCAUUUUUACAGGAUAGAUUUAAUUUCUAUGGUUUGAGGGAAAAAGUAGAAGACUUUGAUGAUGCAUACUUGGCAAUCCAGGAUCAGAAGCCAUCAAAAAACUUCUCAGUAGAGAGCAUGCUGUACAUACUUGCGCAUCAAAGAUAUGUCUUUACAAAGACUGGAGCAGACAAUGUUUUAGACAGGGUUUUGAACAAAGAGUAUGGCACAUGUCCCAGAUACGGAUGUAAAGACAUACCCUUGAUACCAAUAGGACUUUCAAAUCAAAUAGGAAAGGCAUAUACAAUGGCAUACUGCCAUAAUUGUAAUAACCUUUUUGAGGCUAGAGGAAGUCUUAAGAAGCUCGACGGAGCUGCAUGGGGCAGUGGAUUUGCACACUUUUUGAUUUUGACAUAUCCAUACCAGUUUGAGAAAAGAUCCUUUAGGGAAUACACGCCAAAGAUAUUUGGAUUUGGCGUGACAGAAUUGGAGGAUAACGAUGAUUCAUCAUAA